UAGCUGGGAUUACAGGCACACGCCACCACACCCAGCUAAUUUUUUUUGUAUUUUUAGUAGAGACGGGGUUUCACCAUGUUGGUCAGGCUGGUCUCGAACUCCUGACCUCAAGUGAUUCACCUUAGCCUCCAAAAGUGCUGGGAUUACAGGCGGGAGCCACCGCACCUGGCCUAAUGAUACUCAUCAGUAGAUUUCUGCUUACUCACUUUCUAGCAAAUGUGAGUUCAGCAGACACCAGAGAUUUUUAUAAAUCAUAGGAGACAGUUUUUAACGUCGAGAAGAUUCUGUUAACUCAUCUGUUCUACCCACACUCUUGCCCUUCCUCCACCUCACAGAAAAGCCAGGGGAAGGGUGAGUAAUUGAAUUACAGGUGGCAGUGAAUAUUCGGAUUAAUGAUAUCAGGCAGUACAAAAGGUUGAUAUGUUUUUAUGGUGUUUUUUUUUUUUUUUUUGAGACACAGUCUUGUUCUAUCACUCAUGCUGGAAUGCAGUGGCGUGAUCAUAGCUCACUGCAGCCUCGACCUCCCAGGCUCAAGCAGUCCUCCCACCUCAGCCACCUGGGUAGCUGGGACCACAGGCGUGUGCCACCACACCGACCUAAAUUUUUGCAGAGAAAGGGUCUCACUAUGUUGCCCAGGCUAGUCUCAAACUCUGGGGCUCAAAUGAUCUUCCUUUGUCGGCCUCCCAAAGUGCUGCAGUUACAGGCAUGAGCCACUGCGCCCAGCUGCUGUCCACCAUGUUUGGAGGCUGGUUUUGGUUACACUUCAUCCUUAUCUCCUGGCAUGGAGAUACUGGUGUAAAUCAGCUCUUCAUUGAGGGGAGAGAUCUUUUUUAAGUCAGAUUGACACUCAGUAAGAUUCACCCUUUUCAGGUGUCCACUUUGAUGAAUUUUGACAAUCAUGUACAAUCAUGUGCCACCACCACUAUUAAGAUAAAGGACACACCUGAUGUGGUGGCUCACACCGGUAAUCCCAGCAGUUUGGGAGGCCAGGGUAGGAUCACCCGAGUUCGAGAUCAGGAGUUCGAGACUAGCUUGGCCAACAUGGCGAAAGCCUGUCUUUACUAAAAACACAAAAAUUAGGUGAGCAUGGUGGCUCAUGCCUGUAACCCCAGCUCUUUGGGAGGCCAAGGCAGGUGGAUCACUUGAGGUCAGGAGUUUGAGACCAGCCUGGCCAAAAUGGUGAAACUCUGUCUCUACUAAAAACACAAAAAUUAGCUGGGCUUGGUGGUACACGUCUGUAAUCCCAGCUACUUGGGAGCCUAAGGCAGGAGAAUCGCUUGAACCCAGGAGAUGGAGGUUGCAGUGAGCCCAGAUCACGCCUCCGCACUCCAGCCUGUGCAACAAGAGCAAAACUCCAUCUCAAAAAAUAAUAAUAAUAAGAUAUAGGACAGUUCCACUGUCCCCCCACAUUCCCCGAGGACUCUGUGUAGUCAGGCCUUUCCCCACCUCCACCCCCCAGCCCCACACCUAACCCUGGUCUGAAUGAUCUUAUACAGCCAGUCUGCAGCUAACAUCCUGAAUGUGAGCAGUCUUUUUUAAAGAAGGCGGUUUGGGGCCAGGUGCAGUGGCUCAUACCUGUAAUCCCAGCACUUGGGAAGGCUGAGGCGGGUGGAUGGCUUGAGCCCAGGUAUUUGAGACCAGCCUGGGCAACAUAGUAAAACCCCAUCUCUAUAAAAAAUACAAAAAUUACUGGUGGUGGUUACCUGUGGUCCCAGCUACUUGGGAGGCUGAGAAAGGAGGAUCACUUGAGCCUGGGAGUUUGAGACCAGCUGGGGCAACAUAGUGAGACCCCUCUCUAUAAAAAACACAAAAAUUAGCUGGGUACACCUGUGGUCCCAGCUGUUUAGGAGGCAGAGGCUGGGAGGAUCGCUUGAGCCCAGGAGGUUGAGGAUGCCAUGAUCUCCGAUUGCACCACCACUGCAUUCCAGCCUGGGUGACAGAGUGAGACUCUGUCUCAAGAAAAAAUAAAAAAGGAGGUUUUAGUGUUCGCAAAGCUGGCCAGUUUCUGGUCUGGUGUCACCAGUGGAAAAAAGAUUUCAGUGUUGUUGGCAAGAGAAGCUCACCCAGAGACAUGCCCCAUGAGGUCCCUGGCCCCCACCGGGGGGUGCAGGAGCAAGUGAGAUGUAAGGGGUUAUUACUCCCCGGUACAGCUCUGCCUGGAGGCCAGCUGCCCUGCUCCUUUCCAUCUCUGAAUUACAGGUGCUCUUCUAGUAUUUUCUUAAUGUAAGAAACAAUAUAGUUAUACAUGUGUGUGUUUUCUUAGAUUGUUCUGUUUCUUAUAUUAUUUAAUUAAUUCCUUUAUCCUUUGGCUUUAAGUGAAUGUGUUUUCUUAUUAGAUCAUAAGCUCUGGGAAGGUAAGACCAACACCUCCGUCCUCCCGAUUCCUUGGUUCGGCAUGUUGUUGAUCAGUCUACAUCCGUGCUGGCUGAUUGAUUAAGUGCUCUGGUGCCCGUGUUCACUGAGGAAUUCCAGAGCCCUGCCUAGCCCAAGGAUACUUCACAGUGGGAAUGCUGGCACAGCUGUCUUGGCAAUCAGUAGCCCAUCGUGUCAGUUCUUCAAGCCCAGAGAGGGUCAGUGACUUGUCCAGAGUCACACAGCAAUGUAUUAGGGAGGUCGGGCCCCUUCCCUGGGCUCUGCCUUUCCCUUGUAAUGAAGAGCUCCUCACAGUUCAUCUGCAUAGUGUACAUUUGCAAAGUCAGAAGGAAAAGGGCAGGGAGCUGGGCUUCCUUCAGGCAGGUGGCUGUUUUAAAGCUGGGGCGUGUUGUCACCAAUCCGAGCUUGUUUCCAUAGACGCAGCCAGCUGGGCAGCCAGUUCCUGUCAACCUGAGUCUUGGUGGAGCCUCGGGUCCUGGCAGGCUGCUUGGGGACCUCUGGGAGGAGGGCCGGUGCGGGGAGACCCAGGAGCCAUGCCUGAGUCUUGGUGGAGCCUCGGGUCCUGGCAGGCUGCUUGGGGAACUCUGGGAGGAGGGCCGGUGCGGGGACACCCAGGAGCCAUGCCUGAGUCUCUCUCUGGCCUACUUUUUGCCAUAGUUUGAAGGGAAAGUUUGUGCAGUUCCCACCAAGCUUGCACAGGGGUGGCCUUCAUCAUGGCAUGGGGAAGACCUCGUUUGGGGGUCUGCUUCGUGGUAGCUGGGGUGUCCCUGAGGAAUGCCUGGCUUUCCUUACUAUUCCUGGAGAAUCUUAAGGAUGAAAAUGGAAGAAAGGGCUCACAUCUUUGUUUUGUGCUGCAAGCCAAGCCUUGGAAGAACAAAGGAUGCCAGUGGAAUCUACGUCCUGUGGUUAAUUUCAUCAAGCUACUGGAUCUCCUUCCUUUUCUUGCUGAGAUUGGGGUUUGGCAGCUGCAGUUUGAUGCCCAGUUCUGAGAGAUCGCCCUCUUCCCUUGUCUGCUUUUCACGGGGGCAUUCGGGAACUCCGCCUGCCUCACUUCAGGCUGGGAUCACAGCUCAGUAGCAAAGGCUUUAUGUUAUCAACUAGUCAACAGAUACAUUGUUUGAAGAAUUUCUGCGUUUUUAAUUACCCCACGUAAGCCUUUGCCUUUGGACGUAAGGGUUAUGAGGGGCAUUUUGAUUGCUAAAUUCCAGCCUUGAUUCAAACCUUAAAAGAGCAGAAACUGCUCAGAACAAGUCGUUAAAACCACAGACACAAGGGAAAGGUUUUUCUCCACCCCCACCCCCCCCCCCUUGUUUUUAAGUCUGAGUUGGAGGUGAAACUGUAAUAUUAUCAAACAUGCCAGUACACAUUGUUUCCCAGGUCUGUUUUUGCAUGAGUUCGGGUAGAAAUGUACCCAGCUUCUGUUCCAGUAGGUGGAGAGAGAUGUUUAAAUCCUAGAAGCACUGUUCACCUAGCUUUUUAGGGUAGUGCAGGUUUAGCUCGAGGUUUGGAGGGCAUCCAGAAAAGCAUGAGUAAGAGAGAAAAAGGCUACUCCCAAAGCUACCAGGGUGGAGUGUCGCAGCCAGGACAGGAAAAUUCCCAGCAGGGAAACGGCUCGUCUGUAAGGCAGACACAUUGGAUCAUAGGUUUGCGUUCACAGAAUAAGUGAAACAGAACACAAGUCUUUUUUGAGUUCUCAUUCCAAGAGGCCCUGCCUCUGCAGGUGUGUCUUUUCGAUCUCACCUUGUAUUCAGUGUUAUUUCAAGCAAUCUUUUAGGCAGUGUCUACUCCAGACCAAAAAAACCUUGCUAAGAAAGAAAUUUUGCCUUUGUUUUUUGAAACAGGGUCUUUCUCUGUCACCCCCAGGCUGGAGUGCAAUAGUGCAGUCUCAGCUCAGUGCGGCCUUGACCUCCUGGGCUUCAGUGAUCCUCCCACCUCAGCCUCCCUAGCAGCUGAGACCACAGAUGCCCACCACCACACCCGGUGAAUCUUUAAAUUAUUUGUAGAGACGGGGUUUCCCCAUGUUGCCCCAGGCUGUUCUCGAACCACUCCUGGGCUCAAGCGAUCCUUCUGCCUCAACCUCUCAAAAUACUGGGAUUACAGGCGUGAGCCACUGCAGAUCCUGUGCUGCUUUUCGCAUUGCAAAGACCACUUGAGCUCCUCCACCAGUGGCUCCCAAGCCUGUGCUCCAGCUCUUGGUGUCUAGGUGGUGGGAGCAACAUGGACUUCGGUGCACAAAAACCUGGGUCCGAUCUUGGUUCCAUCGACGGCUAGAAGAUCAGUUCCCUUCUCUGCACCUCCAUUCAGCUUGGAUGGGAAUCUGUCCUUCCUGGAACGGCUGUGAUUAGUAACCGAGACCACACCCACGUUCGUUGUGGCUUAACACGUGCACACAGGUACCUGGUGGAUGUUAACCUUCCUCUCCAUCCUGGUCAGUGCUGCUUUUUCUUUUGAGAUAGAGUGUCACUCUGUUGCCUAGGGUGGAGUGCAGUGUCAUGAACUUGGCUCACUGUACACUCCACCUCCGAGGUGUAAGUGAUUCUCCUGCCUCAGCCUCCCAAGUAGCUGGGAUUACAGGCACCCGCCACCACACCUGACUAAUUUUUGUAUAUUAAGUAGAGAUGGGGUUUCACUAUAUUGGCCAGGGUGGUCUCGAACUCCUGAGCUCAAGUGAUCCACUUGCCUUGGCCUCCCAAAGGACUAUUCCCAGCGCCUGGUCAGUGCUUCUGUUGAGUUCAAGAAAAAUAACUAGUUCAUCUAAAACUCUGAGCUGGCGGGUAGCUGCUCCCCGGGCUGCGGCGGCUGACGUGAGCGCUGCAUUUGGCGUCUUUGGUGCGGUCUUGGUGUUUGCUCUCAGAUGGGCUCUCUUCCGUAUCACGUAUCAUAUACACAGGAUGCAGAGCGAGGGGCCCAGCUUAGAUAAUGAGAGUCAGAGGACUCGUGCAGCCACAAGUAGGUUGGGAACAGUGUCCCCUAAUACGAUGAGUUUUGGGCUUUAAAAAAAAAAAAGGCAGGGCACUGAGGAGUCUCCUUGGCACCUUUUGGCUUUUGGAGGCCCGUGAUCUAACAUUGGUCUACGCCGUAUGCCCAGCACGAGACCUGCCACCAAGGCAUUCCAUACAUAUCAUUAAAUAAGUGAAUUCAUGUUUGUCAUCCCAGCACUUACAGAGGCUGAGGUGGGGGGAUCGCUUGAGCCCAGGAGUUUGAGACCAGCCUGGGCAACAUAGUGAGACCGCAUCUCUUAAAAAAAAAAAAAAAAAAAAGACAGCUUGAGCUGACACCGUUUCUUGCCAAACCAUCCAUUAGUGCUGUGACUCAGGAAAGAAAACUUGUUUCUUUCUUCAGCUGACCAGGCUCAGCCAUCCCAGGUGUGAGUGACCCUGGCCGUGAGAGCAGGUAACUGAUCCAUAGGGAGGCUUGUCCCCACCCAGGGAGACUGUCCCAGCCCCUCUGGAUGGCUUCUUCCCAAAAGGGGCACAGUAGGCAGGGUUGUGGGGGGGGAGGUUGUCAAGUCCAAGAGUCCUGCAGGAUGGAGUGGGGAGGGGCGGAAGGGCUGCUGCCCUGCGCCACCGGCUGUUCAUCUACCCCAGUGCCAUGGAAACAGGACUGCUUUUCCCCAGGAAGGUGCUGAUACAUUUAUAGGCCAGCAUUCAACAUCAGUGGUGUGCUCUGGCAGUCUCAGCGGUAAGACAUAAACCCACCAAGGUCUGGGGGACGCACUGGGUGUUACCGUCCUGGCUCGCGCAGGAGACCCAUGCUCCUCCGUGACUGUUUGUGGCCAGUGAGCCAUCAGGUGACACCAGCGAUCCAGUCUCCCGCCCCUCUCACUUCACAGAUGAGGGAAGCGGGGACCUGCCUCAGGUCACUAUUUGGCGAGUUUCUCAGAUCAAACCCAGGAGCCAGAAUCUUCCCACUGAGCUCCUAAGAGACCCUGGGUCCUUUCCUCCGGGCGGUCUGUGUCAUCUGCUGUGGCGUGUCUGUUCGUGGGUGAUUCUGCUUCUGUUUUUCAACCCUGUGCCUCUUGCUUGGUGCUUUUCCUCCUGGAGGGUCCCACAGACCUGCCGCAGCCACCCCAGGGCACCCAGGGAGCAGGUGGGCACGCCCAUGUUGCUUCUGUGGCCACACUGGUGCAGGCCGUGUCACAUGUCACCGCUGCCAGAUUGACCCCGCUUGGUAUGAAGUGAGAGGGCCUCUCUUUUGGAGCAAGGUGUUACAGUUUAGCCUGAGGGUGAAGCUGCUUCUUCCAGUACCCAGAGUUAAAACCAAAUGCCACGAGAGUGAGAAAAGAAGACAGCAUUGCACUUUCCCAAAAAGUGUUACCACCGGGUGCCACCCCACUUCCCAAGCCCGCUCUGGGACUCCUUCAACACAGUCAUCUACAGAUGACCAAGCCUGCAGGUCAGGGGCUAGGUGAGUGUUGGGCCUUGGGGUUGAAUGGGGUCUUUUGCAUACACGGGGCAGAGCGACCACUGAGUGGAGACAUGAGGGUCUGUGCUGCAGUAGCUCCCACCCAGGCAGGCUCGGGCUCUGCACCUUCAGCCACAGGAGACACCUCCACUGUCAUUCAGACACAAAGCACACCACCACCAAAACCACGGAAUGUAGAGUUUCUUGCCAGGAAAAUAAAAUAAAUUAAAAGUCACUAAUACUUUUAUUUAAAUUGCGAGUACAUUUCCCCUCUGUUGCACUUUGUAAUUUAUACCUGGGAGUUAAUUUAUUGUUAUUUACAGUUGCACAAGGACUCACAGAAAUGCCUGUGUAUGGAGUGUUCUCUUCGUGCCAGGCACGGUCCCAGGUGCUGGGGAGGAGUCCCAGGUCCUCGUGGAGCUGAUGUUCUGAACCAGAGUUGAGUCCCCAGGGGGGACUCCUGAGAGCCCAGUGCAGGUCCUGGCCAGGGCUGUGGGGAUAGAUGGGAAGACCUGGAUGGUGGGAGGAGGAGGGACAGGAUCUACAGGAUUCUGCAUGCCGGGCUGUAGGCCGAGAGGGAGGAGUCGGGGGUUCUGGUCUGCCAGGUUCAGGGAGCCAGACGUGCCUGCGAUUCUGACCCUCCUGUGGACAGAAGCAUGGUUCUGAUGACCCUGUAUCACUUUCAGCCAAGGCCGGGGACACCAGAGGCACAGGGCUUGGUUUAGGAGUCAAGACGAGGCCUUUGCUUAUGUAAAGAGUGAAUUCUGCACUUCCAGUGGGUGGGUCUGUGGUCAGGAAGGCAGUGCUUGGAGGGAGGUCAAGUAAGAAUUGUGGAUUUGGAAGGCAGGGGCAUGGGAGGCCCCAGAGGAAGUCAGCGAUCGGGGACCGAGGAGGUGACGGCAUUCUCUAGUGCGAUGCGUGGACAGACAGAGAGGAAGAACCAAAACUGGUCUUGAAGUGACAGGUGGGUCCGACGGCAGCUUUCUCAGGACUCGGGUCAGAAAGAGAGGGGCUUCCAGCAGGAGGGAAGAUUGCGCUUAGGAAGAGAAGGGUUUUGCUGGGCAUGGUAGCUCACUCCUAUAAUCCCAGCACUGUGGGAGGCCGAGGUGGGCGGAUCACACCAGGUCAGGAGUUCGUUUUGAGACCAGCCUGGCCAACGCGUGAAACCCUGACUUUACACUAAAAAUACAAAAAUUAGCCAGGCGUGGUAGUGCGUGCCUGUAUUCCCAGCUACUCGGGAGGCUAAGGCAGGAGAAUCACUUGAACCCGGGAGGCGGAGGUUGCAGUGAGCCAGAAUUGUGCCACUGCACUCCAGCCUGGGCAACAAGAGUGAGACUCCAUCUUGGAAAAAAAAAAAAAAAGAAGGUUUUCAAGCAGGAGCAGAGGUCAGUGGCGGUCAAGCUUGUAGCCGGUGAAUGCUGGGUUGGAUAUGGGGUGUGGAGUGAGGCCAGGAGGUGGUGGAGCAGGGAAGGCAAAAGAAAGAUCACUCGCUGCUAAGCCUUUCAGACGAGUUCCCCAUGGUCAUCAGAGGUAAGCCUCGCUGUCUUAAUUUUACAAAAGAUGAAAGCCACAGGAGGCGUAGACUUGCUCGGAGAAUUUGUUCUCGGUUCAGCGGACUCCAGCAUCGGUGCUUAGCCCACGCCGCCACUGGGGAGGGCUCAGGGCCAGUGUUAAGUGAGACCAAGGAGGUACCACCUCUGAGCGAGUCUCUCCCUGAGCUCGGUGGUUAGAGAUGGUACAUGGUGAGGGGAGCCAUAGAAAGCCGGGGAUGUAUCACCCAGGGUUUCAGCUGGGAGGGGACAAAGCUGAUUUGGGAGGGAAAGUGGAAGCAGGUCCCAAGAAUGAGGAAUUGGUGACCAACCUUUAUUUUAAAUGUUUUGACGACAUAUUUAAAACUUGAGUAACUUCACUGUAAAAUGGUGCGGUGGCUCAUAGCUGUAAUCCCAGCACUCUGGGAGGCUGAGUGGGGAGGAUCCCUUGAGCCUGGGAGUUGGGAGGCCAGCCUUGGCAACAUAAUGAGACCGUGUCUUAACAAAAAAUUAAAGAAUUAGCCAAGUGUGGGGCUGGGUUCCGUGGUUCAUGCCUGUAAUCUGUAAUCCCAGCACAUUGGGAGGUCAAAGUGGGCGAACUGCCUGAGGUCAGUUCAAGACCAGCCUGACCAACACGGUGAAACCCCAUCUCUACUAAAAAUACAAAAAUUAGCCAGGUGUGAUGGUGCACGUCUGUAGGGCCAGCUACUCGGGAGGCUGAGACAGAAGAAUUACUUGAACCCGGGAGGCGGGGGGCGCCACUGCAUUCCAGCCUGGGCGACAGAGAGACUCCGUUUCAAAAAAACAAAAAAAAGAAUCAGCCAAGUGUGGUGGCAUGUAUUAUCGUCUCAGCCUCUUGGAAAGCUGAGGCAUGAGAACCGCUUGAGCCCAGGAGCUAGAGGCUGCAGUGAGCCGUGAUCAUGCCACUGCACUCCAUCCUGAGCAAGAGCGCAUCCUAUCUCAAAAAACAAACACAAAAAAACACCUCACUAUCCUGGGCACGAGCCCAGGCUUAAAUAUUGACCCCUGUCCAACCGUAAGUUAAUCCUGUGCACGGCUUCGUCAGUUUCUUAAAGAAACUGGUGCCCCAGCACAGGGCAUGCCAGCCGUACGAGACAGGCAGCGACUUAGGCAUGCGGGUGAAAUGAACUCCAUCUUCAUCUCAAAGUGCACAAUACAGUCUCUAAAAUUAAAGAAAAGAAAGAUUUAUUUCCAAAAAAGCCCACAGUGAAAUAAUUGUCUCAGUCUGUGGAGAGAGCUAAUUUGGACAGAAUCACAUAUUUUGAUUCCUGGGAUUUUUUUAAAAGGAAACUUUUAAAGCAGUAAAUGAAAUAUUUUUGGAUGUAGACGAAAAUGACUUACUUAGCCAUUCCGCUGGCAGCGUGGAAAGCAUGAAGACCAAUUCUGAGUUAGCAAGGACACCUUCAGAAAGUUCGGCUUCAGGAAUGGCUGACCCUAACCAUCCACGCCCAUCUUUCCUCAGGACCGUUGCUUACGGAAUUAAUUGGGACUAAUUUCUGUUGCCCCCGGUCUCCAGCCAAAACACUCACAUUUUGCCUCAUCUGCAGAGACCUGGGCUGAGUUUUAUCUCUGCGUCACCGCUGAGUUCCCUGCCCCCACUCUGUUAACAGAGCUAUAAUUAACUCACAGGACGCCAGGCAGCCAGAUUCGGCGAGGCGCCAAGAAAUCAGCCCCAAUUACUGUAUUCACAUUGUCAGUAAUGCCCACUUCACAGCUUCUGCUAAUUUGAAAUGGCAAGUUCCAACUUUCCAUAGUAAAAUUACCAUUUUUGUCCUGUUCUAUUACAUGGUGAUAUUUGUCCAUUAUUUGGGCUCCGUAAACUCGGCAUUAUUGCAACAAUUAGUUGUUGAGGGUUUUCUAAAAUGAUUUGCAAUUACAUGUCUUAAAAGGAAAACUGUCUGCUCUGAUGGAGUGAGAAUCCGUUCCCUCUGUGCCCUAGAUCCACUUUAGGAAGUGGCUUUUCAUAGGGGAACGUGGUGCCUUGGGAUUUUAUAAUAAAGUCGAGCCUUUAAAAUAAGGGCUAGCCUUGGAACGUUGCCUGCUUUGUAGAUUUCCAGUGUUCAAGUUGUCUGAUUUCUUUAUAAAGAUGGGGAAGUGUUUCCAUCCCUCUGUCUCUCUGAGUUCCCUUGGGGCUGGGCCUCAGUAUCUGGAUCCCCUCAAGCCCUAUCUUCCUGUAAGAGCCAAAUUAGCCAGAGGCCACCGGUCGGUGGCUUCGCUGGGCAUUGGUCUCUCUUCCCUGGCAUUUGCUGAACCUCAGCCCACCCUGCCACAGUAGCACCCCAUUGAGGUCCUCUGUUUUCCAGAGUUCUGUCCCUGAGGAAUCACCUGCCUGAGUCCCUCAGCUUGGGACUGGCUGGCCUGAUUGGGUUGUACAUUUCAUUCUCUUUCCUACAAAGAAAGCUCAGGAGGCACCAUCAGGCCACUGUGCCCCUGUUGUGUUCGAGUACAGCCCAGGGACCAGCCCCCCUGGCCAUCACUGCUCUGCAGCAAGAUAAGCACAGAAGUUCAGAGUAGGCGUUUAGAAACAUUCAUAGCAAUUUAACGUGAUGGUGACAUCCAAGUGGCAUUUCAGUUUUAUUUUACGGAGAUCUCAGUCCACUGUGGACUGGAAAUGUAAUCUUCCCCACAGAUUGUUUCACAAGCAUUGGUCAUUGUUUAACCUGCUCGUCUCCGAUUGAAUUUCACUGUGAUUAUUUACUGUAGAUGAUGAAAAGUGCUUGCCUUUUCUUUCUCUUUGAGACAGAGUCUUGCUCAGUUGCCCAGGCUAGAGUGCAGUGGUGCAGUCUUGGCUCACUGCAACCACUGCCUCUUGGGUUCAAGCGAUUCUUGUGCCUCAGCUUCCCAAGUAGUUGGGAUUACAGGCAUUACCCAGGGUAAUGGGUACUACCUGUUAGGAUUAGUUAAUUAAUGGUCGGAUUACCCAGGCUCGAGUACAUGGCACAAUCUCGGCUCACCGAAACCUCUGCCUCCCGGGUUCAACUGAUUUUUGUGCCUCAGCCUCCCGAGUAGCUGGGAUUACAAAGGCGUGCAUCACUACACCCAGCUAAUUUUUGUGUUUUUAGUAGAGAUGGGUUUUGCCGUGUUGGCCAGGCUGGUCCCGAACUCCUGAUCUCAGGUGAUCUGCCUGCCUCAGCCUCCCAAAGUGCUGGGAUUAGUGACAUGAGCCGCCACACCUGGCCUCACAGCCUUUUUUGUUUUUCUUGGAGUCUUAGACCUUUUCUUUUAUGUUGACUGGACCUCUGGACCCUGCCCUGCUACCCGCUGUCCUUUGCUCCCUUCCAGGACGCCAUUCCUGAUCAGCACUGGCUUUUACUUCCUCUUGUUUAUUACCAUUGCCUUAGAGCUGCAAGACUUCUCAGAGCCUUUAAUAACUAGUGCAAUUAAUAACUGGUGUCCCCAGAUGGAUUGUUCCCAGAAACGCAGGAGCGGACACAGCAUUAGUCUAUGGGAUAUUGCUAAAGGAAUUUUUUUGAGACAAGCAGGGGCUCGCCCCAUCACGCAGGCUGGAGUGCAGUGGUCUGCAAACUACAGACCAAAGCCAUGUAUUUCUCUGCCUCCCCUCGCCCCCCAAUACCUCGCAACUCCCAACUCCCAGCGAAGAAUGACAUUUACAUGUUUAAGUGUAUGAAAAAUAAACAAGAAGUCUUCUUCUUCUUUUCUUUCUUUUUUUUGAGAUGGAGUUUUGUUCUUGUUGCCCAGGCUGGAAUGCAGUGGCACAAUCUCAGCUCACGCAACCUCUGCCUCCUGGGUUCAGUUGAUUCUCCUGCCUCAGCCUCCCUAGUAGCUGGGAUUAUAGGCAUGCAGCACCAUGCCCGACUAAUUUUUGUAUUUUUUAGUAGAAACUGGGUUUCACCAUGUUGCCUAGGCUGGUCUCGAACUCCUGACCUCAGGUGAUCCACCCGCCUCGGCCUCCCGAAGUGCUGGGAUUUACAGGCAUGAGCCACCACACCCGGCCCAGAAGACUUCUAUUUUAUGAUAUAAGAAGAUUGUAUGAAAUUCAAAAAAAAAAACCCAGAAAGUUAUAUGAAAUUCAAAUUUCAUUGCCCAUAGUUUGUUUUUUUUUCAAUUGUAGUAAAAUACACGUAACAUAAAAUUUACCAUUUGAGUGAUUUUGAAAUCUAUAGCUCAGUGGCAUUAGAUACACUCAGUGUCGCACAAGCCAUCACCGCCAUCCAUCUCCAGAACCUUUUCACCAUCCCAUACUUCACCUCCAUAAAUAAAGUUCUCUUGGCACUCAGCCAUACUCAUUUGUUUAUCUGUUGUCUGUGGCUGCUUUUCUGGGCUACAGCGGCGAGUUGAGUAGUUGCAACAGAGACCAUAUGGCCUACGAAGCUUAAAAUACAUUUUUAUCUUUUUUCUUUUCUUUUUUUGUAGAGACGAGGUCUCACUAUGUUAGCCAGGCUGGUCUCAAAAUCCUGGACCCAAGCAAUCCUCCUGCCUUGCCUCCCAAAGUGCUAGGAUGACAGGCGUGAGCCACCUAGAAUAUUUACUAUCUUGAUGCUUUCCGGUAAAACUCGGCCAGCCCCCGUCCUGGUGCAUACUCUCCUUACUUCUUGGUUACCAUAGCAACUGCCUAACUGGUCUCACUGCCUUCAGUUUCAUUCCCUUUCUGUAUAUCUGCCCCCAGAGUAGUUUUUCUAAGAUACAAUUCUGAUUAAUUCCCAAGUUAAAAUCCUCUAGCAGGCUGCGUGUGGUGGCUCACACUUGUGAUCUCAACACUUUGGGAGGCCAAAGUGGGCAGAUCACUUGGUUCUAGACCAGCCUGGGCAAUGUGGCAAAACCUCAUCUCUACUAAAAAUACAAAAAACCAGCCGGGUAUGGUGGCCCACGCCUGUGAUCCCAACUACUGGGGAGGCUGAGGUGGGAGAAUUGCUUGAGUCUGGGUGACAGGGGUUACAGUGAGCCGAGAUCGUGCCACUGCACUCCAGCCUGGGUGAAAGGGUGAGACCCUGCCUUGAAAAAAAGCAAAAAUACUAAAAGAGAAAUAGACUAAUGCCGUGUCGGGGAAUACCAGUCCCAGGAUAAAUGCACCAGUUAUUAAAGACUCUAAAUUCUUACAGAAAAGAAACCUGCUGAACAUGGAUCAACCUUUCAAACUCAUUGACUGUGCAAGUCUUCUUGGUUUUCCCUUUCUUAUCGCCCAUUCUCAUAGCCUACAUCAGGGAUUGGCAAACUGUUUACUGUAAACAGCCAGAUGGUAAAAUACUAUAGGUUUUGGCCGGGCCUAUGGUCUCGUACAAAGACUCAACUCUGCUGUAAAGUAGCCAUAGAAAAUACAAAAAUGGUGAGCGUGGCUGUGUGCCAAUAAAACUUUAUUUAAAAAGAGACAAUCAGGCCCAUUCGAACGCCUUUCCUGUAGAGCAGUGGCUGUCAAGCUGCGACCCAGACCAGCAGCAUCACAGUAGCUGGGAACUCAUUAGAAUUGCAGAUUCUGGCUGGGCACCGUGGCUCAUGCCUAUAAUCCCAAUAUUUGGGAGGCCAAGGUGGAAAGAUUGCUUGAGGAGUCUGAGACCAGCCUGGGCAACACAGCAAGAUCCCAUCUCUUUAAAAAAAAAUAGCCUGUAGUCCCAGCUACUCGGGAGAAUGAGGCAGGAGGAUUGCUUGAGACCUGGAAGGUCAGACUUACAGUGAGCUGUGAUCGUUCCACUGCACUCCAGCCUGGGUGACACACAGUGAGACCCUGUUUCAGCAAUAAACAAAAGUGCAGAUUCUCAGGUCUACUGCAGACCCUCUGAAUCAGAAAAUCCGAGGGCAGGCCCAGCUGCCUGUGCCUUAACCAGCCCUCCUGGCUAAGGCAUAAGAACCCUGGUACAGAACCUCGAGUACUUUUCAGAACAUGUCGACCUCAAGAAUGAGUGCCAGCAUUCGCAGGGAUUAGUGGCUCUUUGCCAUCUGGUCUCUGGCCAGUGUCCCUCCCUCAUCUGGUGGAGGCGGUACUGAUCCUGAACCACCUGCGGGUUCCGAGCGAGCCAUCGUUCCUCCCUCCCACGCAUUUGCACAAAUGUGGUCCUGCAUAAAAUCACUCUCUUUUCCGCUGCCACCUUCUUCCUCCCUGCGGGUGCCGGUCUCAGCUCGGGCAUACCGGGUCCUGGUGGCGCGUUGGGAGCUCCCACCCCUUCCCCCUGCCCUUUGCAUUUUCCACCCCUGCACUGGAUGUGCAUACGUGAGCAGGGCACGUCUGCGUGUCCCUCUGCAGCCACUGACUUGAUUGUCUGUCUUUCCAGGAGGACGUGGGCUCCGUCGGGGCAUUUUAUCCUUCUGUCUAUUUGCAGCAUGAAACAGACACCUCCGACAUAUGUGUGUGUUCCGUAAAUGAAGGAGUGGAUGGACCCCCUCGGAGCAUCUCAGAGGCCAUGAAGCCUGACUUCUGGCCGCCCUGCCCGCUCCUCACGUGUGAGGAGGACUAGGGAAGUCGAGUCAGCCCUUCAGGGGUUCCUGGUUUUCUACAGUUCUGGGAAGAGCUCACGGUGGAACCUCCCAGCCGUUUCCUCUUCUCCCCCGACUCUGACUCACUGAUUGAUUAAUGUUUGGAAAUUUUGACUCGUCUCGUUAGAGAAGGAAAAGGAGAUUUUAUUCUCUUCAUUCUCCCUCCCUUUCAAAUAAGUAAUAAAUAAAAAGAGGCUGGUGUUCCACUUGCUGCGGUAAGAAGCAUUUAAAUAUAUUCCCGGCUCUCAUAAUUGGUGGCUUCUUGCAGAAAGGUACUUAUUAGAAGAAAAACACUUCCCUAUGUGUUGGUGUUCAGCCUUCCCGUUGAUGAAAUGACACGGUGAGUUGGUGAGCGAAUUUGCCUUCCCCCUUUUGAAAGGUAUUCGUGGCAGCUCGUGCUGCAGGAAUCGGGGGAGAGGAACCGCUUCUCUCUUAGUAAGAAAUGCGGGGAGUGGCCUCUCCACCUUCAGAGUUUCAAAAUGAGUUCACUACGGUGGUGAGGAACGGCGUCUCAAGCUGGCUUAUUAAAGGCAAAGGAAUAAGAUGUUCUAGCUUUACCUCACGUACCAAAUAUAGAUAAGGACCUGGAUCAGCGGGGCCUCAGGCCCGUGCCAGGACGCAGUCGGGCCCGGCGCUGUCUGUUUUGUCUCACGACGUGGAGGGUUGAAGGGCAAGGACAGCCUUUGCUUUUAAGGGUUUUUUUCUGGGAAAUGAAAAAAAAAAAAAAAAGGCAUUUCUUCACUCCUCAUGUGGUGAUGUUGAAAUUGUGGCUUGCAGUUUGACAUUUGCCUUUUCAUUCUCUUUAUGGGCAGCGUGUCUGUAGGCCUUAGGCCCGUGGUUCUGGAAGGCCAAGUCAGUUCAGUAUCUUUUCAAAUUGUAACCCUCUGGCCACGGCAACAUAGCGAGACCCACAUCUCUACAAAAACCAUUUUUUAAGUCAGCCAGGCACAGUGAUGCGUACCUGCAGUCCCAGCCACUCGGGAGGCGGAGGCAGGAAGGUUGCCUGUGGAAGGAGUUGAUGACCAGCCUGGGCAACAGAACAAGGCCCCAUCUCUAUGACAAAAUGUAAAAAUUAGCCAGGUACAGUGGCGCACCCCUGGAGUCCCAGCUACUUGGGAGGCUGAGGUUGGGGGAUCACUUGAGCCCAGGAGUUCAAGGCUGCAGUGAGCUAUGAUGAUGCCCCUGCACUCCAGCCUGGGUGACAGAGCGAGACCCUGUCUCAACAAAAUAAAGGAAACGGUAGCCCAAAAUAAGGGCUCGGUAAAUAUUAACCUCUGUAAUUGUUCUAUUAUUCUAGUAUUUGUGGGGCGUGAUUAUUCUAGUGUCUUUUGUACGUGUAUGUAUCACGAAGGAAAAUCCCAAGGAAAAAAUUAGAAAUAUAGUUAAAACUGGCUGGGGACAGUGGCUCACACCUAUAAGUCCAGCACUCUGGGAGGCCGAGGCAGGCAGAUCACUUGAGUGCAGGAGUUUGAGACCAGCCAGGGCAACAUAGCAAGACCCUGACUCUACCAUGUGCUGGCAUUUGCAGUGCAGGCACCAUCGCCCGUGGUAGCAGUGAGGAAGCUGUGGCUUAGAGCAACUUGCAGAAUCACUGCUCUGGUCACACAGCGGCUCACAGCUCACAGCUGGCAACGUGAGCACACAUGGUCUGCUGCUGCUUGACCGUGAUAGGCUCCAUGCCCUUCCACUUUGCCUGGCUCAGGAUCGGAUGCAGUACAUAGAAGUAUUUGAACUUGGAAGCUGUUGAAAUGCCGGUUCAGGCCAGGCACGGUGCCUCACAGCUGUAAUCCCAGCACUUUGGGAAGCCAAGGUGGGUGGAUCACCUGAGGCCAGGAGUUUGAGACAAGCCUGGCUAACAUGGUGAGACCCUGUCUCUACUAAAAAUGCAAAAAUCAGCUGGACGUGGUGGUACACGCCUGUGAUCCCAGGUACACAAGAGGCUGAGGUAGGAGAAGUGCUUGAACCCAGGUGGCAGAGGUUGCAAGGAGCUGAGAUCGUGCCCUUGCACUCCAACGUGAGUGACAGAGUGAGACUCCAUCUCAAAAAGAAAAAGAAAUGCAGGUUCAAGGAAGGGAGAGGAUGAUUUGUGGUCCCCUCUAUGCCUCCUCCCUGGUCCGUCUUCUUCUGGUUAGACCAUUGCUGAGACACGGGUGAUUGGAGCAUCAGGGAAAAGGCACUUCUUGCUUCAGUGAUGAUAUUAGCAAGCACCUGCUACUUGUAUUCCUUGUAUUCCACCCAUUUAUUCUCUCAUUCAGUCUUUACAUCUCCCUGAUGAGGAGGUGUAAUAAUAUCAUGCCCAUUUUAUAAACUUGAGGGAACUGGGCCCAAGCCACUCAGCCAGAGAGUGACAGAGCUGGGGUUUCACCAGGUCUAACUGCUCUGACAGCAGCCACCCUGAUCUCCGCACCUACCCAUUUCCCCGCUUCUGCAGUCUCGGGCGUCCCAGGGAACGCACAGCUGGGGCCUCUCCGUUAAUGUGCACCCUUCCUGAGCCAGUUGAGAAGUCCCAGACUGUUGGGCCGGGUGUGGUGGCUCAUGCCUAUAAUCCCAGCACUUUGGAAGAGUGAGGCAGGCGGAUCAUGAGGUCAAGAGAUCAAGAUCAUCCUGGCCAAUCUAGAGAAACCCCAUCUCUACUAAAAAUACAAAAAUUAGCUGGGUGUGGUUGCGGGUGCCUGUAGUCCCAGCUACUCAGGAGGCUGAGGCAGGAGGAUCGCUUGAACCUGGGAGGUGGAGGUUGCAGUGAGCUGAGAUCUCGCCACUGCACUCCAGCCUGGAGAGAGACCGAGACUCCUCCAUCUCAAAAAGAAGUCCCAGACUGUGUCUUUCUGGCUGGCCAUGUCACUGGUCCCAAGGAUGUUAAAGGCCUUCCACACUGACCUUCUCCACUAAUGGGAAAUCAGAAAAGGGAAUCUGCAGAGAACAUCGUUGCCAAGGGUCAGCCCUAGGGAUUUGUAGCCACCUCUCUAAGGGAGAUGGAAGACAGGGCUUAGAGUCUUGACGUUUGUCUUCUACCCUCAAGUAGUCGAAUACUUGCAAAGCCCUGUUUCUAAGGUUAAAAGAAAAAGCAGCUUUGGGGGACAAAACAUUCAGCGUGGCCGGCUCUCAGCAUCUUACAGCGGUAGGGCUGAAAUGCAGGCGCCCCCAUUUGAAAUGAGAAUCGCGGUGCCUCAGUCAAACGGCAGCCUCUCCGGAUGCCAGGCUGAGAUCAUUUCCAUUUUCGUGCCGCGAUCGGCCUUUUGCAGAGAUAGACGGGUUAUAUUUAUCACCAGCUAACUUAUUAGCAUGUGACACCAGAUACACCAAAGUGUAACCUGACUCAAAAGGAUACGUAGUUCAUGACUCGAUGGUGAAGCAGGUCAGUUUCAAAGAAAAAAAAAAUCCCAGCACUUUGGGAGGCCGAGGCGGGUGGAUCACGAGGUCAAGACAUCGAGACCAUCCUGGUCAACAUGGUGAAACCCUGUCUCUACUAAAAAUACAAAAACUUAGCGGGGCAUGGUGGCGCGUGCCUGUAAUCCCAGCUACUCAGGAGGCUGAGGCAGGAGAAUUGCCUGAACCCAGGAGGCGGAGGUUGCGGUGAGCCGAGAUCGCGCCAUUGCACUCCAGCCUGGGUAACAAGAGCGAAACUUCGUCUCAAAAAAAAAAAAAAAAGAAAAAAAAUCAGAUGGAUUACGGAAUCAGCGUUUCCUUCAGAAAACUUCUUCAGGGGUAAAUUGCUAUAAUAGGAAUGUCCAUUCAGACUGUUCUGAAAACAGUUACCUUAAGAAUUUUAUAUUCCCUUGACCCAGCAAUUCCACUUUUGAGAAUCUAUCCCAAGGAAAAACAUUAGAAAUAUGGGGAAGCUGGCUGGGGGCAGUGGCCCACGCAUAUAAUCCCAGCACUUUGGGAGGCAGAGGCGGGCAGAUCGCUUAAGUGCAGGAGUUUCAAACCAGCCAGAGUAACAUAGUGAGACCCCAUCUCUACACAAAAUACACAGUUUGCUGGGCACGUUGGUGCACAACAGUAGUCCCAGCUACCUGGGAGGCUAAGGUGGGAGGAUUGCUUGAGCCAGGGAGGUGGAGGUUGUGGUGAGCUGUGAUCGCACCACUGCACUCCAGCCUGGGUGACAGAGUGAGACCCUGUCUCAAACAAAAGGAAAAAAAGAAAUAUGGUCAACGCUUUUUGAAGAACAACGUGUAUUAUAGUGUUGCUGAUAUACUGAGAACAGGCAGGAGGGAACAAGGCUUAGUGUCUAGUAUAGGGGAACGAACAGCUAAAUGAUGUUAAAAUCAUUCAUUCAAAUUGUCACGUACCUGUUAUUGUUUCCCAAGAAUAUUUACUAACAUGGAAAAGAUGAUGCUGUCACCUAAAGUGAGAGUUGCAAAUGCUGUAAAAAUUACAAAUGCUGUAUCGGCCUAGUUUUAUGAAAGAAAGAUGUUCAAAAAUAGAAAGACAAGGUGAAUAUCUGGACAUACAGCAUAAUAGAUGCAAAUACCCGUACCUCACACAAGGGCUGGUGAACACGGGGACGUUGGAUUAAGUCUUAGAGGGAUUAUUUUUGGUUGGUAUAAGACUGGCUUUUUUCUUUGUUACGCUUUUCUGUGUUUUGCAGGUUUUCUCUAUACAGAAUGUGACUUUUUUUUAGGCCAGGCGCAGUGGCUCACACUUUUCAUCCCAGCACUUUGGGAGGCCAAGGUGGAUCACCCGAGGUCAGGAGUUCAAGACCAGUGUGGGCAACUUGGUGAAACCCCAUCUUUACUAAAAAUGCAAAAAAAUUAGCCAGGUGUGAUGGCGGGCACCUGUAGUCCCGGCUACUUGGGAGGCUGAGGCACAAGAAUUGCUUGAACCCGGGAGGUGGAGGUUGAAGUGAGCCACUGCACUCCCAGCCUGAGCAACAAAGUGAGAUUUUGUAUCAAAAAAAAAAAAAGAGAGAGAGAGAGAGGGAGAAUGUUACCUUUUAAUUUGAAAACAGGAACCUAAGAAAAUGUUCAAAUUUGCAAUAUAGAGUCUUUUGGGAAGACUCUUCAUACUUACUGAUUCAUUCGCCAGGCAUCUUUAAGUGGAAACAGUGGUUAAACAUAAGAACUUGGAAGUCCCGCAGAUCAGACCCGCAGCCUGCUGUUUACCCCUGGGUGAGUAAUUCAAUCAUCUAAGUCUCCACGUCCCUGCCUGUGAAAUGGGGCAUCUCUGGUACCCGUCUCGUGGAGCUGCUGAAGUGAUUCAGUGAGACAGAGUACAUGAGCCCUUUUCGGGACCAUGUUUCUGGAACACUUGCUAUUAUUAGUGGAAAUAUUGUCGCCAUGCCAUGUGCCAGACUCCGUGAGAAGUGCAGAGAGUGCUGACUGGGUAAAAGUAGCCCCCUCCUCCCAGAGCCUCCAGCCCAGAGGUGGGAAGGAGCACACAGGUAACAGAAACGACAGCGUUGAAGUCUGGUGUGUGCUGUGUGAGUAAAGUCACCUGCGCUGAACCCUGGGGGCUCAGGAAAGAUGGGGCGGGGCUGUCGUAGGAACUGGACCCUACCCAGGAACCAGGAUGUGGGCCCGGUCUGAAGCUGCAGCAGCAGCAGCAAGAGGUGAGAAUAUUUAGGAGAUGGAACUUGGUUCCGUGGGAGGAGUAAUCCACAAGGACUCUACGGUGGUCCUGAGAGGUUUUUUUGAGAUGGAGUCUCACUCUGUUACCCAGGCUUGAGUGCAGUGACAAUCUCGGCUCACCACAUCUCUGCUUUUCAAGAGAUUCUCCUGCCUCUGCCCCCACACUAAGUAGCUGAGAUUACAGGCAUGCACCACCUCACCUGGCUAAUUUUUUUAUUUUUAGUAGAGAUGGGGUUUCACCAUGUUGGCUAAGCUGAUCUUGAACUCCUGGGCUUAAGUGAUCUGCCCAGUUCGGCCUCCCAAAGUGCUGGGAUUACAGGCAUAAGCCACCACAUCCAGCUGGUCCUGAAGUUUUUACAGAGGCAUGAAACACAGAGUCCCUUUUCUGUCACAAGGAGAUGAUGCCUGUCUUUUCAGAGACAGUAUUGCCCUGUCACCCAGACUGGAGCCCAGCGGUACAGUCGUGGCUCACUGCAGCCUCACCCUCCCUGGCUGAAGCAAUCCUCCCACUUCAGCCCUCCUAAGUAGCUGGGACUACAGGCUCAUGCCAGUCACCAUGUCUGGCUAGUUUUUACAUAUUUUAGAGACACGGUCUGGCAGUGUUGGCCAAGCUGAUCUCAAACUCCUAGGCUUAAGCGAUCCGCCCACUUCAGCUUCUCGAAGGAUUACAGGUGUGAGGCGCCACGCUCAGCCUUAGAUAAUUGAAUGAUGACUGCAGAUGAAGGGAAAACAGACUCUUCCCGCAGAAUGUUUUCCUUACCCAGCGGUGUGUGUGUGCACCGUGUAUGUGUGCUUGUUUGCGUGUGUGUGCAUGCACGUGUGCAAGACAGCGCGGCUAAACAAAGGUAUACACCUGGCAUCCUCAUUCCCGAGUGGCCAGUGCUGUCUUCCCCUUUUUUCUUAACUCACCACCCAGGAAGUUUUCCUAUUUCUCUUCCCCGGGUCUCAGAUAAGAAUUGCCUUCUUUCCUCCCAGCUGAUUUGCUUUUCUUGUCAUUAUAUGGCAAACCAGGCUACACUCCCCUCCUAAGGCAGGCGGUGGUUUGCUUUGGGCUCCGAGUCCUCAGCGUUCUGCCUUCGGAUGCCAACCAGGAAAGCCGCCUUCCGCUUUUAGAGCCACAUGGAGAAGUCAUGGCAGCCCACGAUUUGCGCAAGCAGGUAGCACCGCUGCUGAAGAGCUUCCAAGGAGAGAUUGAUGCACUGAGUAAGAGAAGCAAGGAAGCCGAAGCAGCUUUCCUGAAUGUCUACAAGAGAUUGAUUGACGUCCCAGAUCCAGUACCAGCUUUGGAUCUUGGACAGCAACUCCAGCUCAAAGUACAGCGGCUGCACGAUAUUGAAACAGAGAACCAGAAACUUAGGGAAACUCUGGAAGAAUACAACAAGGAAUUUGCCGAAGUGAAGAACCAAGAGGUUACGAUAAAAGCACUUAAAGAGAAAAUCCGAGAAUAUGAACAGACACUGAAGAACCAAGCCGAAACCAUAGCUCUUGAGAAGGAACAGAAGUUACAGAAUGACUUUGCAGAAAAGGAGAGAAAGCUGCAGGAGACACAGAUGUCCACCACCUCAAAACUGGAGGAAGCUGAGCAUAAGGUUCAGAGCCUGCAAACAGCCCUGGAAAAAACUCGAACAGAAUUAUUUGACCUGAAAACCAAAUAUGACGAAGAAACUACUGCAAAGGCCGACGAGAUUGAAAUGAUCAUGACGGACCUUGAAAGGGCAAACCAGAGGGCAGAGGUGGCUCAGAGAGAGGCGGAGACCUUAAGGGAACAGCUCUCAUCGGCCAAUCACUCCCUCCAGCUGGCCUCACAGAUCCAGAAGGCACCAGACGUGGAGCAGGCCAUAGAGGUGCUGACCCGCUCCAGCCUAGAAGUUGAGUUGGCCGCCAAGGAGCGGGAGAUUGCACAGCUGGUGGAGGACGUGCAGAGACUCCAGGCCGGCCUCACCAAGCUGCGGGAGAACUCGGCCAGCCAGAUUUCGCAGCUCGAGCAGCAACUGAGCGCCAAGAACAGCACGCUCAAACAACUGGAAGAAAAACUCAAAGGCCAGGCUGACUAUGAAGAGGUGAAGAAAGAGCUGAACAUUCUGAAGUCCAUGGAGUUUGCACCAUCCGAGGGCGCUGGGACACAGGACGCGGCCAAGCCCCUGGAGGUGCUGUUGCUGGAGAAGAACCGAUCGCUGCAGUCCGAGAACGCCGCGCUGCGCAUCUCCAACAGCGACCUGAGCGGGUCAGCCAGGAGAAAAGGUAAAGACCAGCCUGAAAGUCGGCGCCCGGGAUCUUUGCCGGCCCCCCCUCCUUCUCAGUUGCCCCGCAACCCGGGGGAGCAGGCUUCCAAUACUAAUGGUACACACCAGUUCUCACCAGCGGGGUUAAGUCAAGACUUUUUCAGCUCAUCCCUGGCAAGCCCCAGCCUACCCCUGGCUUCUACAGGAAAAUUUGCACUAAACUCUCUUCUCCAGCGACAGCUAAUGCAGUCCUUCUACUCCAAGGCUAUGCAGGAAGCCGGAAGCACAAGCAUGAUUUUUUCAACAGGUCCAUACAGCACAAACUCCAUAUCUUCCCAAAGCCCAUUGCAACAAAGCCCAGAUGUCAAUGGCAUGGCCCCAUCCCCCAGCCAGUCAGAAAGUGCUGGGAGCGUCUCCGAGGGCGAGGACAUGGACACUGCAGAAAUCGCCCGGCAGGUCAAAGAGCAGCUGAUUAAGCACAAUAUCGGACAACGGAUUUUCGGACACUACGUCUUGGGACUGUCUCAAGGGUCCGUGAGUGAGAUUCUGGCCCGGCCUAAGCCAUGGAAUAAACUGACUGUUCGUGGCAAGGAGCCAUUUCACAAGAUGAAACAGUUCCUCUCCGAUGAGCAGAACAUCCUGGCCCUCCGUAGCAUCCAAGGCAGACAAAGAGAGAAUCCAGGCCAGAGCCUGAACAGACUAUUUCAGGAAGUACCGAAACGAAGAAAUGGGUCUGAAGGUAACAUCACCACCCGGAUCCGAGCCUCCGAGACUGGCUCCGACGAAGCCAUCAAGUCCAUCCUAGAGCAAGCCAAGCGGGAGCUCCAAGUGCAGAAAACUGCAGAGCCGGCCCAGCCUUCCUCCGCGUCCGGCAGCGGGAACUCCGAUGACGCCAUCCGCUCCAUCCUGCAGCAAGCCCGCCGGGAGAUGGAGGCCCAGCAGGCCGCCCUCGACCCCGCCUUAAAGCAGGCGUCGCUGUCCCAGAGUGACAUCACCAUCCUCACCCCCAAGCUUCUGUCCACCUCGCCCAUGCCGACCGUAUCCACCUACCCGCCUCUCGCCAUCUCCCUGAAGAAGCCCCCCGCAGCUCCAGAGGCGGGUGCCUCUGCUCUGCCAAACCCCCCGGCCCUCAAAAAGGAGGCCCAGGACACCCCCGGGCUGGACCCCCAGGGAGUGGCCGAUUGUGCACAAGGGGUCCUGAGACAGGUGAAAAACGAGGUGGGCCGCAGCGGCGCGUGGAAAGAUCACUGGUGGAGCACGGUGCAGGUGCAGCCGGAGAGAAGAAACGCCACUGCCUCCUCCGAGGAGGCCAAGGCCGAAGAAGUGGGCAGCGGGAAAGACAAGGGCGGCGGUGGCAGCGGCGGCAGCAGCCAGCCUCGGGCGGAGCGCAGCCAGCUCCAGGGACCCACGUCGUCAGAGUACUGGAAGGAGUGGCCCAGCGCCGAGUCCCCGUACUCCCAGAGCUCAGAGCUGAGUCUGACUGGGGCCAGCCGCAGCGAGACACCACAGAACAGCCCCCUGCCAUCCUCCCCGCUCGUGCCCAUGUCCAAGCCCACCAAGCCCUCGGUCCCCCCGCUGACCCCCGAGCAGUACGAGGUCUACAUGUACCAGGAGGUGGACACCAUCGAGCUCACCCGGCAGGUUAAGGAGAAACUGGCCAAGAAUGGCAUCUGCCAGAGAAUCUUCGGGGAGAAGGUGCUGGGCCUGUCCCAGGGCAGCGUCAGUGACAUGUUGUCCCGACCGAAGCCGUGGAGCAAGUUGACGCAGAAAGGCCGAGAACCCUUCAUCCGGAUGCAGCUCUGGCUGAAUGGCGAGCUGGGCCAGGGUGUUCUACCUGUCCAGGGCCAGCAGCAAGGGCCAGUACUCCACUCCGUGACGUCGCUCCAGGACCCCCUGCAGCAGGGCUGUGUCAGCUCAGAAAGCACUCCAAAGACCUCCGCCAGCUGCAGCCCUGCCCCUGAGUCCCCGAUGAGUUCCAGCGAGUCGGUGAAGAGCCUGACCGAGCUGGUCCAGCAGCCCUGUCCCCCCAUAGAGGCAAACAAGGAUGGCAAGCCACCGGAGCCCAGUGACCCGCCAGCAUCCGACUCCCAGCCCGCAACCCCGCUGCCUCUCUCCGGACACUCAGCCCUCAGCAUCCAAGAACUAGUAGCCAUGUCCCCGGAGCUGGACACCUACGGCAUAACCAAGCGGGUGAAGGAGGUGCUGACGGACAAUAACCUCGGCCAGCGCUUGUUUGGGGAAACCAUCUUAGGGCUCACCCAAGGCUCUGUCUCUGACCUCCUUGCCCGCCCAAAACCCUGGCAUAAGCUCAGUCUGAAAGGACGGGAGCCCUUCGUCCGGAUGCAGCUGUGGCUGAACGACCCCAACAAUGUGGAGAAGCUGAUGGACAUGAAACGGAUGGAGAAGAAAGCCUACAUGAAGCGGCGGCACAGCUCAGUCAGUGACACUCAGCCCUGCGAGCCACCCUCCGUCGGCACCGAGUACAGCCAGGGCGCCAGCCCCCAGCCCCAGCACCAGCUGAAGAAACCCCGGGUGGUGCUGGCCCCUGAGGAGAAGGAGGCCCUGAAACGAGCGUAUCAACAAAAGCCAUACCCGUCACCAAAAACCAUCGAAGACCUCGCCACCCAGCUUAACCUGAAAACCAGCACGGUCAUCAACUGGUUUCACAAUUACAGGUCUCGGAUCCGCAGAGAACUGUUCAUUGAGGAAAUUCAGGCCGGGAGCCAGGGCCAGGCGGGCGCCAGCGACUCCCCCUCGGCCCGCAGCGGCCGGGCAGCGCCUAGCUCGGAGGGCGACAGCUGCGACGGCGUGGAGGCCCCCGAGGGCCCGGGCAGCGCCGACACUGAGGAGCCCAAGUCUCAGGGAGAGGCGGAGCGGGAGGAGGCGCCGCGGCCGGCGGAGCAGACGGAGCCGCUGCCCUCGGGGACCCCGGGCCCGGACGACGCCCGCGACGACGACCACGAGGGAGGCCCCGCGGACGGCCCGGAGCCCCUGCCCAGCCCCGCCACCGCCACCGCCACCGCCACCGCCGCGCCCGCGGCCCCCGAGGACGCCGCUACCUCAGCCGCCGCCCCGCCCGGCGAGGGCCCCGCGGCCCCGAGCUCCGCGCCGCCGCCCGGCAGCGGCAGCAGCAGCAGCAGCAGCAGCAGCGGCGGCGGCGGCAGCAGCGCCCCCCGCAGGCCCAGCUCGCUGCAGAGCCUCUUCGGCCUCCCCGAGGCCGCGGGCGCCCGGGACUCGCGCGACAACCCCCUGCGCAAGAAGAAGGCGGCGAACUUGAACAGCAUCAUCCACCGCCUGGAGAAGGCCGCCAGCCGGGAGGAGCCGAUCGAAUGGGAGUUCUGAGGGGCCGCGGCCCCGGGGCGGGCAGCUGGGCCGCGCCGCGAAGGCCUGGACGGGCCCGACGGGGCACGCGCCGCGGGCACCGUGGCCCGGGCUCGACCCGCGGUCCGCACCCACCCCGGGGCCAGACCUGAGCCCGCGGCCCAGACCCAGCCCACGGUCCACAGCCUGCACCGACCCCGAGGUCCAGAUCCAAGCCCAAGGCCUGGGCCGACCCCGCGGCCUCCACCGACCCCACGGCCCAGACCCAGCCCGCGGCCCGGACCGCGUCGCGCACUUACCGCCCUGCGGGCCACAGGGCAAAAUCGCCAUAGGCCAAGGUGCAUAUAGAAAACAAAGGAGCAUUAAGCCCAAUCUAUGUCGUGUUUUCAAGGAAGAAAACAGAAAUGUGUGGUCGAGCUUUUUUGUACCCUGAAGUGUUUUUUUUAUUGCCCUAAGUGAUUUCCACAGCUUCGGGAAUAACUCUUACAGCUUUGCCUUGUGUCCUCCUGUUCCGUGUGGGCUUUAAAAAAAAAAAAAAAAUCAAACCCACAUAUUAAAAGGGGGCUUUUUAUCUGCCAUCUAAUGGCUUCAGAGCGAUAAUACACUAUUAUCUUCUUAAACCAGGAAAAAGGGGGGGGGGGCGUGGGAUUUUUCAGAAAAAUUAAAAAAGAAAGUUUUUGUAGCUGUUCAGUUGCCACUAAGAGAUUGCACAGUCAAAACGACUCUAAACACACUAGUUUGGAUUCCUAAAUAUUUUCAAGAAAAGAAAUGUCGUUUGAAACUUUGAAUUAAAAUAAAACACAUUUACUCCACAUAUUUUUUAAGAAAAAGAAGACGUCACAUCAGGAAACUCUGAUUUUGUGGUAGCUGACAUAUAGUGUUUUCUUGUACGUGAAUAGAACCCUGACGUGUAGUGCACAUCAACGGAUAGCUUUAACUGACCCUGGGUUUUGCAGACCAGGGUUUGUUUAAUACACUCCAUUCUAGGCCAAAUCAGGACAGAAAAAAAAAAAAAAAAAGAAGAAGAAGAAGAAGAAAAGAUCCGAAUCUAGGUAUUUUAUAAUCUGCUUUUUAACCUCUAACCGCAGAGCACGCUGAUCAGACCUCAUAUCUUGGAGGUUUAGGAGACAAGUUAGAACUGUAGCAUGUACCUGUUAAUUUUGUUUAAUUUAUGGUGUCUCAGUCCGUCUGUGCGUCUGCAGGUGUGCGAGCAUUGAAAGAAAGAAGGAGAGGGUAGUUCAGGCCGGCGCAGCAGGCAGUUCCAAGGCCAGACAGGCAGGCCGGUCCCCACGUAGAUAGCAGUCUGCGGAUCUCUCUCUGGCACAAAAGGCACCUCCCCUCACACCACUCUCCUGGGCACCUGAUGAACUGAGCCCUCCCAGGGGAAGACGCUCCCCAGGCCUGGGCAGGGCUUGCACUCGCACUCUCUCUCUUUCCCUUUUUCUUCCCACCACAAGCACUGAUGACCCUGUUGAACUCGUGGGAAACUUCCUUUCUCUGCGGGAGAGAGAACGUGGCAGUCUGGGCUCCCCAUUCCCAUCCCUGUAGAAAUGGCCCAAAUUCACACCAAAACGUGGAUGCUCAACUUCCAGACCAACCAUUUGCCCUGCAUUCAUUUCGCCUCUUAGAAAGUUCUUUUAUGCACAGUUUUAGGGCAGUCUAAGUACACAUUGAAAGUCUAACUUGUCUCUGACUCCUCCCUUGUCUAUGUGUAUAUGCGUGAGAAUAGAGGCGGAUGAGAGUGUGUGUGCGUGUGCGUGUGUGCAAUUUUAUACGUCUGUGUAUUUUCUUAAUUACCUGUGCACACGUAGAGUGCAUUACUGCCACCUUUUUCAAUAAGCUGUUUUAUCAGUUAUGGCUUCUACAAGUUUGCUAAUUUAGACUCCUUUAUUGCCAUAUCUUUAAACUAACAAUAGAUGAUUUCAGUAUAUAUAUAUAUUUUUUUUUGCUUAUUUAUAGGUGCUGUAUUUUAUUAUCUGAUUGUUAGGAAGGGAUGAAAGGGGCAAAUAUUCUUUAGAGGGAUAGACUGCCGGCAGUAUUGGGUAUAAUUUACAAGAUGUAGUUGUCAUACUGUAUAUUACCGAUUGAAAACUUUUUGACCGUAUUGUGUAUCAUUGAAACCUUUGUCUUAGGUCAACAUCUUUGGAUGACAUUUUAAUGGUGCAUUCAUUAUUUCUUAAGUUUAAUUAAUAUUACUUUUUUUUUAAUUUGGGGGGUGGGAGGGAGUUAUAAUUUUAAAGGUAUGCUCUGGCUGUUCCACCUCCGUGUGCUUGUUAAUUACCUUGUAGGACUUUGUAAGAUGUGAAACCACGUUUCUUGCAUGAUGUUUUAGAGAUUAUUUCAUUUAGAGUCUUUUUAACCUGCAGCUGCAGCACUUAGUUCACGUUUUCACCAGUUUUUGAGAGUCACUACACUAAAGACAAUGCCUUUUCAUGAAUAAGAAGUGUUCAGAAGGCUCUAGGGGGCUGGGAGGCAGGCCGCUUGUUUGGCUUUUGACGGGGGUAUCAUUUCUGAACUUGAAAUCUGGUUCAGGAAAAAGAGAAUUCAAAAUUGGAGGAGCUUAAGGGGACACAGGUCAAUAUCUGGCUCAAUUCAGGUGCACUGAGAGGAGAGAGCUCACACCAGUGACCCUCGGGACAGUGAGUAGCGGAGCCCUGGCCACUGUGGUGUCUCCACAGAAACCUCAAGGGACUUUUGUCAUCACGGGUGAUGAAUCUCUAAAUAUCAUCUGAUUUUCAUGAGAAUGGAAAGCAAGAAGUUCACAGGAAACAGUAGGCUAGGGCUCUUAGUUUUAAAGGCAUGACUGUUAUUUACAGAGGUGUUAAAUCUGAGGAAAUUGACAAGUAUGUGGAUCUGUCCAUUCCAGUGGCCAAACUGACAGUGUAAAAGGCAGUCAUUUUGGCCUCCCAAGCAAUUUACACAUUUGUUGUCUUCUCUUUUUUAUUUUUCUCUUUUUAAUUCUUAACUAGGUUACUGUUGGUUCCCAUUGUCUUUUUUUUUUUUUUUUUUUUUUUUUUGCCAGGCUUACAUCUGGGUGCCGGAUACAAUCCGUUGGUUACGUUUUGCCUGCAGUUUGGGGUAUUUUUUUCCUCUAUUAUUUAUUUUUAAAAACAAACAUGGAGAUCCCGACCUUACGAUCUUUGAUGUUAAGCUAGCACUGUCUGUAAUACUUCGAAGAGCUGCCACUAAAAUAAUACAGCAAUCUGUGGCCAGGGAAGCAGCGCCUCCCUCCUGUUGGGCCCCUCAGUCGGAGUCUAAGGGUUCAUCUCUCAUCUUGCUAAGCAGUAUUCAAGUGCCUUGAACAGUGUCCGCUCGCUCGUUGCGGCUCCCCUUCAGCAGGCUGGCGUUCCAAGCAGUGGCCCCCGCAGGCAGCCGACCCCCUUCCUCUUCACGCUCUGUGAGUUUAAAAAGCUGAUUUGUACCUCUCCCCUGGGGGAAACUGUUCCAUAUAAAACACUAACACUUAAUUACAAGCUCCAUUAUGCCAUUUUAAAUGGAUUCUUUUUGUUAAUUGGAGGCAGUGUUCAUAACUUAAGGCUUUUGCCAUUAACUUAGCUGGCUAAGCAGAGGCUCGGCAUAAAAUCAGUGUUUGCGUUUAGCCUCUUGACCCAGGAUUCCCACCCAAGCUCCCUUAUGGUACCCAAGAUGGCAGGUGUGUGAGUUCUGUCCUAGACCUGUGCCCAACUCACUUCCACCCCAGAGGAGGCUUCUCUCCUCCUCCCCCAGCCCCCAGGGAGCCUCCUCUUGAACUUCUGUAUCCGUGAAGACCUCUGCGGUUUCUGCCCACCAGACAUCUCUUUAGAAAGGAUUAUCAGAGCCAUGGAGCUCAGCUCAGCUAGAUUCUUCUAGACGAUCUUAGGAGGCAUCUUGGCAUGAGGCAGCUUCUAAGCGUCUCCUGGGGCAGGAUCAGGGCAGACAGCCCAGGGAUGCGUGCUUGGGAGAACUCAGAAAUGCCAGGAUCCUGGCUCGUAGGCACCCACCAUCAAACCAUGCUACUUUGUCUAUGCAAGUAAUUGAGGCAAAAGAUACCAGCUGACAGCCUCCUUGGGGCAGAUCCCUUGUACCUCCAAAGUACAAAUGCCUCCCUGCUCAGUUUUCUUCCUGUCAGCAUCUUUGUUUUCUUCCCAUUGACAAACCAUCCUGUCUGAUGUGGACGUUCAGGUUUGCUCGGCCCAGAGUGCAGCCGAGCUCUGGGUUAAAUGUUUCUUUCUGGCCACUGCCCAAGCCCAGGUGGCCAGCUCUCAUACCCCAUCUCUCUCCUUGGCCAGGGCCAACAUCAAGUGUGCAGCUCAUGGCCAGUUUACGCAGGCUGUACUCUAAUUCGGAGAGAGCACUGUGGGCCUUGACUGACUACUUUAAGAUCAUGCCACAGCCAGGCCCUAAAAAAGGGGAACCAGAGUCCCCAGGUGAGCUCUGUCACGGGCAGGUGCCUUCUCAACGAAGGUCGGACCGGACAGCUUUGCCCCUGCACGCAUGUCCUCUGAUACAGGGGUGAUCCGUUGACUCUAUGCAAUGUUUUUCAUUCUUCUGAUUUUAGCAAAGUAAAUCUCACUGAAAAAUAGAGCGGGGGAACAGACACGCGUCCUUCUGGAAGUCACACAAAGAAAAGCAAGAGAUAGUGACUUACAGGAUUUUGAACCGAGGGACGACAGCCUUUGCCUUAAAUGCACUAUGACAGCCACUUCUUGGCAGGCCAGGAAAAACAAAAGUCCAUAGAUCUUACUCAUCCCAACUUGUACCGGGAGAAAUGGAGCAACACAGGCACGUGCGGUGAGCAUGCUGGGCUGGGCUGUUGGCUGCAGUACUUUAGGCUGGAGGUUUGGCUCCUCUGCUGCCCAGGAGGCCCUGUCCCUACCCGGAUGUCCUCCCUCUUCACACUCCUCACUGUCCCUUCUACCUCACUAACCUUUGUUCUCCCUCUGAUAUCACCCAGAACCACGCCCCGCAGAACUGUGAGGCAGGUGGGCUGGAGGGGGCGGAAAAGCUACCAGUGGGGCCGACAGGAGCAUCCCUCUGCCGGCGGGCCGGCUUGUAUGUCUCUCCCUUUGUGAGUGCAACAGACAGACAGCUGUGCCCUGUAAGACGCAUGGAUUUCUCUCUUGAUUUCCACCUGUUCCUGAAGCUCCAGCAGCUGUUUCAUUUGCAGGCAGCCCAUGGUCUUGGGCCUCCGAGGGUCUUGUCUUUUGUGCGCCUGUUCUUUCUGCCCACUCCUGUUCAGCUGUUUGGAUCCAUCAUGGCCAUUUUCCUUGCCCCGGGCUGCCGCAGUGUGGCCACAUGAGGACACGUCCCAAGAUUCCCAGCUGGCUUCGGGGAGUGCUGUAGCUCUUGGGCGUCUGUUGUCUCUGGCAUGCUCUCUGUCACUGCGAACGCUCCUUUAAAACAGCAAACAUCUCAAAGGCGGAAAAGGAUAGAUGGCUUCCUCCAGCCUUGCAUCGCCCUCUUAUCUCAAAAGAAUAGGCCAGUUCCCAUCCAGCACCGAAGAAAACCAGCUCCUGGGCCGCUGGUUGGAUGUGAGUCUGUCCAGUCUGGGGGGGCCAAAGUGUUCCCCUGCUGGAGAGAAUUUGCAAGGAAGGCCUAGGGAUUGGGACAGCAUCCUGUGCGUGGGCAGGGACCAGCCAAAGCUGACAUUUAGAAACCCCCCCCUCCACCCCCAGGGCUUCUGUGGUUUCACCCGGGCAUCGAUGACAUUAGGGACGCCUUUGUGACCACGAGGGUAGGGCUUAUGCCCUGAGUGGCAAGGUGGUGACCUGAGGCCAGGGUGACGUGGUUGGAUCUCAGCGUGUACUGAAGGCCAGUGUGGCCAGCACACUCAAACGCUAAGGGAAUGGUCCAGUCUGACGAUUUUAUUUCUAUUUCCAUCAGGUUUUGACUUUUUGUAGAUGAAAACUACAAGGGAAAAGAGAAAGCAAGUGCCCAAUAAAGUCUAGGAAACCCUUAGAGAUGGGCUGUAGUUAAGUCCACAACCCCUAGGCUUAAUCGGGACAGAAGAGGAGUGGGUGUGGGUAGCAGAGCGUAAACAGCCCCACCCUACUUCCAGCCCCCCAGCCCAGUCUUCCCCAUCCCAGAGGCCCCAGCAGCCUGUGCACCUCCCCGCCAGGUCAACGGAGUAGAAGGAAAUGCAAUUUCCUCCUGUCUCCCCAACUUCCAAAAAUGGCCCCCUCCUUCCCAGGCCUCUCCUACCACCACCUCCCCUCCAAAGAUAACCGUGUCCACGCCAUCCAUGGCAUCAUCUCGAGUUUUCAUUUUUGGAUGAAGUGACAUUUAGCUUUAACGAGACAUUUCCAAAGCGCCUAGACUCCUCCAAAAUGCUAACUUUAAAAGUUGGGCAUUGUAGGCGAAAAAUCCUGAAAAAAAAAAAGGCUGAAAGAGAGAAAGACAUUUGGCCAUGUAUAAAUGUGCACUUCCCCACCCCACCCCAUUCUUAAACUCUUAAGAUGCCUUUGAGUUGCUUUUCAUGAGUCCUUUUAGUUUACCCAGUAAUGUUAAGAAAGCAUUAGUCUGCGUUACUGUAAUUUCUGUAGUGUUAGGCUUUAAUUCGUACCACAAAAAUAUGCUAUAUGCUAUGUAUCAAGCUUUCUGUAAUCAGAAAGGAAAGGUGCCUUAUAUCCCAAUGUCACGGCUACAUCCCUAUGGAAAUUAAUCAGAAGCACAGUGUGUACGGAAGCAUUGGGACUUCUGCUGGUGAAACAAGACACCGUUCAGCAAGACACAUUGAAGUGGCACGGAGCUGCUUUCGUUUUAUAAUCCCUUCCCCCACACCUUUUUUUUUUUGUGGUUUGCUUUAAACAGAAAGCACUUAAAUAGAUGACUAUGUGUAAAAGCUCUGUGCAAUUGAAAUCAUUUUUCUUCUUUAAAAAAAAAUAAGUAACAUAUUGCACACCAAAUGAACUCAAAGUAAGCUUUAGACCAGGACGAUUCAGGUUAUGAAUGGGUUUGUUCACUGUAGUUCUGUUUGUUCAUAAACCGAAGGGAAAACAGGCCUCCCCCACCCCUUCCAGUCUCCCAGUCUGCCUCUUGGUGACCACUGAGCUGGGCGUGCGGGGCCCACAGGCUCUAGCCAGAGCCGCUGGCCUGGCGAGGCAGGAUGGCGCGUGUCGGUGAUUCAGAAGCUCAGAGCCUUCCCCAGUGUCUGAGGCCACAGCCGUCCCUUCCAGCACUUAACCUUGUCUUGUUGAAAUGGACUGACUGCUACUGACCUGCCGGCGUGCGUGAGGGUGAUUAUAAAAGGAUGUUUCCUUGAGAAAAAAAAAAUUAUUUCUAUCCUCUUCUAUUUAUUAUUAGGUUAAUCAUUUAAGUACUUAUCAGGAGUGUAUUGUUAUUUUGUGUUUUGUUGUCAUAAAUGCUUUUUGCUGUCACUCUAGUGGUUACUGUCCUCUGCCUUCCUCUCCUCCCCAUCCCCCCCCAGAGAACCAAGGCAUCUGGGGGACUGACUGGGGGACAGAGGGGGUUUCCCCAGUAAAAUCAAACACCUGUCUCCAGAGUAGCCGCUCAAAAACUGGCGGUCUCUAUGUGUCUAAUUUUUUAAACGAGAAUAUGAACAAAAACCUACCAACAUGUAAAGGGAGUGCUGAGUGGAAGGAUACUCUCCUGAGCUUCAGAGGAGUCUUAGAAAAACCAAGUUCAGUUCCCCAAAGCCUCCUAGAGCCUCUGGUAAGACUUCUGGGUUCAUGAAGUUUCGGCCAGCCCAGUUCAGAGAGGGCGCAGUGGCCCGGUCGAGAGGUCACCUCCCAGCGAGAGAGGGAUUUCUGGCAAGGCCCGCGCGGGUCGGUCUGUUUCGGUUGGUUUUAUUGUUGUUGUUUUCUCGCAUACAAAGUUGGUCAAAACCAUCUCUCAAAGCAACAGUGUUCCGUGGUACCAGCUGUGGCUUGAGGGCUCACCUAGGAGGUCACGGGCACAGGGCCCCUUUCCCCCAUAGGUGGUUCAGUGUGGAGGACGGUUGGGUGUGGAGAUUGCUUGCAGUGGCCCCAAGCAGGACACCCAGUUGCUCGCCAAUGGGGUGUGAAGGUGACAUGGCCUGCCUGGAGCCCACCGGCCCAGCAGAAGGAACCUUCCCCCAGGCCAAGGCAAGGGCGCUGCUUACCUGCAGGAGAAGCUGGGCGGGGCACCUCUUUCCAGGCCGUCACCUCCCCUUCUCCAAAAUCGCCGGGGGGUCCUGACUUUGUUCUCUCUUUGAAAGAAACCCUCUACGGAAACAAAGGUCUCCAUCUCCCCAGAAAGCUUUCUCUUUUUUUCAUUUUUCUCUAAUUACUCUAUGCAUUUCUCUCUCUCUAGCCAUCUUCUGCCUCUUCCCUUGAGAAAACGGGCGUCUCAUGUCCCCCUCCCCUAUCUGAGACCUCUUGGGGGGAAAAAUGCCAUGCAUUUUGGAGACGUGAGAAUUCACCCCAGUUUCUUACAGCAUUGGAGAUAGCUUGUUAUAAAAGUAAAAGUGGGGGGAGGAAGAAGGUGGUUUCCCCCACAUCCCUUUCCAUGGAAUGAGAGGACCCAGUUCUUUGCGUUUGUGCAAUAACCCUUUGCUGCUUGCCUUGAGAGCGGGCAGCACCACGCUUCUGCCCAGACUACUGUCAGCACAAGACGCACUCGCAGGGUGGCGGAAUCUUCCGGAAAACUCUUCAUAAGCUCAGCUCCCCCGCCCCACCCCCGCUCCCGUGUUUCGUCACGUCUUACGUUUUAGCAGUAUUGAUAUUUUCUGUAACGCACCAAGUCUCAGCUCUUUCUCAAGCGUCUUUGUUCAUCCUCACAAUCACAGAUUUUUUUUCCUCGAAUCCUCGCAGAGACCCAAUUGACCAAAAAAAGAAAAAAGAGAAAAAAAAAGGCGUCUUUUUUUUUUUUUUUUUUUUGUACAAAUCGCUUUGAGAUGCCUCUGUUGUGUUGCUGUGUGACUUCUCUCUGAUAACAUUUUCUUUCUCGCUAUUUGUUUUUCUACAUUAAGAGUCAAAGUUGAACUGGCUGGCGCGGGGGUGGGGGAGGCACCCGUCGGCCCCUCGGUGUUGUCCCUCUGUCUUUGGUUAGCCAUGCAAUGUUUGUUCUCAGCACUGAACAACGGUCCCUAUAUAAUACGGAGAAGCAAUAUCACUGUAUGAAACUCACACCAUGUAUUACUAUUCACUAGCACCCUAGGUGUGAUAAUUGAAGUAAAUAUCUUUUAUACAAACACAA